AUGGCUCCCCCGCGCGCCGUCCGCGCGUCGUUCGUGUGUCUCUCGCUCAACCUCACCCUCUGCUCGCUCUUCAACGGCCGUUAUUUCUCCGCCCCGCCCCCCGCGGCGCUUCCCCCAGCCCCCCUCGGUCCACCGGCCCCGCGCGCCCCUUCCGGCGCGCCUGGCGCGCGGACUGGGGGAAGCGCGGAAGAAGCGGCGGGGUUUGUAGUUCCGAGUUCAGAACGGGGGUGUAGCGACGAGCAAAGGAAAUUCGCUAUAAGGGGGCUCGUUGCCUCGCUACAAGAACUGACGUGGAGCCCAUGCGUAUCGGCGUGGGAGCAGCAUCUGAUUGCAACGGUGCCACCACAGUCAUGGCAAGCAGCGCCGCUGUCAGCCAGUCCUGGCACCAAGCUGCAUCGGCUGCACGUAAGGCCAGGCGAGGAGGAAGGGGGAGGGGGAGAGGGGGACGCAAAGGGGCAGGGUGGGGAAGGAGGGGGCAGUGCUGGGAGGGAAGCAGCAGCAAGUGGGGGUGCGGGAGUGGGGAGGGAGGCGAGGGAGGGGAGGGAGGGGAGGGAGGGGAGGGAGAGGAGGGGAGGAAUGAGUGCAGGGGUGGCGAGUGGGAGGCAAGGGGGGGUUGUGGAUGUAUGUGGGGUGCUAAGCUUUAGUCCCCUCCCACCAGUUGCUUCUGCUACCCCUGCUCCCUCCACUAAUGCUGCUGCUGCUGGUGCUGGCGAUGCUAGUCAUAGAAAUGUGCAGCAGCAGGAGAAGCAAACAGGGAAGGGAGCAGGGGGAGGAGCAGCAGGGAAGAGGGGGGCCGGCGAGAAGGGCAAGGGUGGUGGGCGUGCGAGGGGAGGGGGCAUGCAGCAGCAGCAGCAGGAGCAGGAGCAGGAGCAGGAGUACGCGUUGCUGCUGCACACAGCAUAUCGGCAUGUGGAUGACGGGCGGCUGCAGGAAGCCUUGUCUGCUUUCAAUCAGGCCGUCCUUCACCAUUCUCCUCUCCUCAACCUCAACCACCACGUGCGUGUGUGCAAGGCUGGUUCUUCACGAUUCUCAGCAACCACAUCCAUCCGUUACUACAUAAAGUCCUGGAGGGCGUGCAGGAGUACGGGGAGAGUGACUUCUGAGACGUCUCAAAAGCCCUACAUGCACCACACCACACAUGCACGCAAGCAGCUGGAGGGAGUGCAGGAGUAUGGGGAGAGUGCCGAAGGGCCCUCUUCCCUCAACCCCCCUGCAUUUCUCUGUCGCCCCUUCCCCUCCAUACACCACCACACAUGCAAUCGAGCAGCACGAGAAAAAGGCCCCAGAUUUCCACACCCUCAACCCCCCCCGCCCUGCAGUUAUCCCUCGCCCCUUCACCCCUAUGCAUGCAAACGAGCAGCUGGAGGCAGUGCGGGAGUACGAGGAGAGAGGCCCAAUGCUCCACCCCCCUCAUCCCCCCUUGCCUUCCUCCCUCGCCCUUCACCCCCAUGCAUUAUGCAUGCAAAUGAGCAGCUGGAGACAGUGCGGGAGUACGAGGAGAGUGCUCUAGUGGGGAGGGCCACAGUGCACUUUCUAGCAGGCAACCUGCAGCAGGCUCUCGCCGACCUUUCCCAGGUAGCACCCCCAUGCGUGAGCUUUGAGUUGAGGCGUCUCAAAGCUGAAGGGAGUGUGGCUACAGCCCGCUUCCCGGAAAGCACAGAUGCAUGGCAGAGGAGGGCUGUGGUGCUCCUGAAACUGGGACGGCUGGAGGAGGCUAAGGACUACAGGGCUGCAGUGGCGGACCUGUCUCCCUUGCAGGACACACCCAUGGCCACCGUUGAUGUGCUGCGCACCCUGGGCUGGGCGUCAGCAGCACUGGGCGCGUUCAAGGCAGCAACAGCAAUGUACGGGCGGGCGGCGGGCAGCGGCACAUUUUCCAAAUCGCUUCAUGGCUGGGCCUCAGCUGCACUGGGCGCGUUCAAGGCAGCAACAGAGGUGUAUGGGCGGGCAGUGAGGCUGUUUCCCCAGGAGGGCGCGCUGUGGCGCGAGAAGGGGUGCUCUCACAAGGAGCUGGGGGAGGUGCGACUGGCCCGGGAGUGCCUGGAGACGGCUGUUGCUGUGGAGAGGGGUGAGGAGGAACAAGGGGAGGAGCUGGGGGGAGGUGGUGCUGGCCCGGGAGUGCCUGGAGAAGGCCGUUGCCGUGGAGAAGAUCUGGAGAACUAUCACAAGCUCGCCCUGCUGCACAUGCACACAGGCAAACCCAGGCAAGCUCUGGAGGUGGCACGGGAGGGGCUUCAGCUCUUCCCUCAGAGCACCAAUCUGCACUACCUUGCUGCCUCCGCCCACCACGCCCUCGCUAACUUCUCUGCUGCUGCACGGCACUACAGCACGGUGCUGGCCCUGGGAGGGCGGUCGCAGGAGGAGAACGCGCAGCUGAACCACAACCUUGCAUUCUACCAGGAAGCAUGGAUGCGAAAGGAGCCUCCCCAGCUGCUGCCCCCUUCUGUUGUAAGAUACACAACAGAGAAACAGCUUCAGGAGCAACAACAGCAGCGUCAGCAACAACAACGAAAGGAGGAGAAGAGGCAGCAGGAGGUGGAGCUAUCAGAGGAGGCAUUAGCCUUGGUGGAAAAAGCAGACGAGCUGGGGCCUCGAGCCAUGUACCAUGUGGGGGGCUUCCUGCACGACCCACGCAAGCUGCGCAUGGCGGGGCUAGCAGCGCUGGAUGUGAUGCAGCGGGCCAGUAGCGCAUGGCAGGCCAUGCUGAAAGAGGAGGAGGAGGAGGAGCAGGAGCAAUCCGAGAGGCAUGGCAGCAGUGGCAGUGGCCGCAGCAGCAGAAGCCAAGGCGAACAGAACGAGCAGGAGACAAGGAAGUGGGCGAGGAGGGGCGUUUUAGAGUCGACUCAAAAGCAGGAGACGAGGAAGUGGGCGAGGAGGGGCGGGUGGAGGGAUAUGCUUGAGGCGAUUGUGCAGUGGAGGCAGAUAGCCGACCCUAUAGACUCUGUCACUUGGAUUAAGGACAACAAGGAGAGCUACGGCAGUCACGUGGCGGCAACACCAAUAGUGGAUGGGCAGAUGGACAACUACAAGUACUUUCAGUUCCAUGACAGGGCCUUUGCCCUGAUAAAGGACCGUCUUCUCACCACACAGUCAGCCACUGCUGCCUCUGGCUCCCCCAGCGUACCCCUCUCUGCAUCUGCUCUUAAGAAGGUGCGGAAAGCAUCAGGGCUGAGAGAGCUACAUGCAGCAGUGGGAAGGGAUUUCUACGUCCAACUACCAUGCCACAGCCGAGCCCACCCAGGCAAGGACAUUGGUGGGAUUCAGCUCGCCUUGGUCCACGUCCCCCCUGGGUUUGUGUUUGCCAUUCGCAUUGGCCUCUCACCCCAGCGAUGGAAGGACUUUUAUUCCGAGCUCGACGCAGCCUGGCAGGCACUAGGAACAGCAGUCGUGGAGGCGAGAAGAGCACAGGCGGCAGGAGGAGGAGCAGGCACACGCAGUGACUCACACAAGACACACAAGACGCACAAGACGCACCUGUCGCACCUGCCACACAUGUCACACAUGUCACACAUGUCACAUGUUCCGUUGGUGCAGAGGCAGAAGGUUCAGCGUGCCAUUCUAGACCUCGCCUUUUAUUGGUACCACCUGUCGCCCCUGUCACGGGGGUCAGCCAUGGUAGGGUGGGUCUCAGUGCUGGGACUGUGCAUGGCUGCUGGCUUGCACACCACUGCACUUGUUCCCCAGGGCAUGCAG